AUGGAGAUGGAUUCUGGGCCAGCUGAAGCUUUUAAGGGAAAGGUUGCUAGAGUCAUAGGGGAUUUUGAAUGGAAAAUUCCUUAUGACCAAUCGAAUAUGAUGCAUGGAAUUAUGGAAAAAGCAAAGGAGAUUCCUCUUCCCAGAUAUGAUUGUGAAGAUAUGUGUGUUUGGAGUCCCAAUCUAGAUGGGAAUUUCAUAGUUCAAUCUGCAUGGGAUAAGCUCAGAAGGAAAAAGGCUACUGUAGCAUGGGGGGCGCUAGUUUGGUGUAAGAAGUUACAGCCUCGAUUAUCUAUCUUUGGGUGGAGGCUAAUGCAUGAGAAGUUGCCUACUGAUUGGGAUGUUAUGAGAAAAGGUCAAGACUCCCUACAAAGUUUCAUGAAGUGGUGGAUGAGGAAAAUUAAGUUAAUUGCUCUUAAAGAGGUGUGGAUCAUUUCUUUCAUAAUUGCUGAGCAUAUCUGGAAAGAAAGAAAUGGCCGACGUUUUGAAGAUCGGCAGAGGCAGUCAAGGUAUGUGCUUGAUAUGAUAAAGGAGGACAUUAGAGAGAGCAUUCUAGAGGUGAAAAAUGUAGUAGGAUCGGUGGCUAACUUUCUUAGCUGUAGAAGAUUGGGCUUCAAUAUCAUUAACACGGGAAUAAAGCAUCCUCUUGAGGUUUUUCGGUGCAAACCACCUACGGGGUGGGUUAAGUUUAAUUUUGAUGGAAGUUCCCUCAUGAAUCCUGACUGUGCUGGGGCUGGAGGGAUCAUGAGAGAUCAUAAUGGUAGAUGCCUGUGGUCAUUUAGCAUGUAUUUGGGAGUUAAAGAAAUUUAUGAAGCUGAGGUUGAAGGUUCAACACUUAUCCCUAAUUCGAAUAACGUGCUACUUCUGAAUGGAUCAAACUUUAAUGACUGGCAUGAAGAACUUAUUUAUUACCUUGCUACCAUGGAUCAUGGUUAUGCCUUGCGUAAUGAGAAACUUGCUGCUCUUACUGAUGAGAGCACUGAUGAUGAGGUUACAUUACAUAAUUAG